CCUAAUGAGGUGUUUAACCUGUAAAUUGUGCUUUCAUUCAAUGUAUUGGGGCAAACACUAUCAAUAGAUGAUCACCAAAUCAGCAAGCUCUCCAGAAGUCCAUGAGCUGAUUCUAUCGAAAAGGGAAUUUGAAAGGAAGGAGAAGAAAAAUGAGGAUGUUUACAAAGGAACCAUCUUAAACAGGCAGCCCUGCGACUCAUCGCACGUGUCAAAGGACGAGAGCUUCCUCCGGGACAUCAUCGCCGAGGAAACCGAGAAGGAAAGCUUCACCGCAGUUGUGAUCACAGGAGUCAAGAAAGAUCACAUCGACUACCUGAAAAAAAAAUUCAACAAGCUGGCUACAGAGCUUGCGCAUGUUUAUCACUAUUACAUUCAUGGAGUUGAUGGAAAUAACAAGCGACAGGCCUCAAAACGGCCCAGCGAUUUCCUGAAAAUUGACAUUCUGCUGACUUUGUGGGAGAAGUCCUCCAAAAUUGUUCCUGAUAUACACCUCCGGGAUGUGGAUAAUGACCUGCAGACGCUUUACAUCGAGACUGCAGUAGAAACCUUUGAGUUCAGGGCCUUCGUGGUUAAAAAAGAAUGCAACGACCGUCAGCGUAAAGGUGGCUCUGAUGCUGACAGUGGAGGGGGUCAGCAGGACAGCGAAGGGGGCACAGUGGAGGGGGUCAUUCGCUACCACCCCUUUCUGUACGACACAGAGACCUACCCCAAAGAUCCAAACGCUGCUGCAGCUUCUGUCAAUGAUGAUGAUGAUGAUUGUGAAAACGGUCCUGUCGCCCAGAAUCGGGCAAGAGGGACGAAGGACAUCUUUGAAUGUUACUGGAAUGGGCGGCUCAUCCCUUACACCACAGUGUCUGAAUUCCAGGUCUCUACCAAUAAGCUGCACUUCAUGGACCUCGAGCUGAAACUGAAAGAUAAAGAAACCAUAUUCACCCCCAUUCUGAAUCCCCAGCAACAGAAACACUCCAAAAGAGGACACAUACAGAGGGAUUUCAUGCUGUGGCUUAAAAACUGUCACGUGAAACACGACAAAGAGGUGAAGUUUCGAGGCUACAAGGAGACCAUAUCACGGCCAGAGUUAAACAAGAAAAUGCAGCAUCCCUGGGCGACCUUCUCAUCCAUCGAAUGGGACGGGAAAACAUACAAAGCAGGCCAACUUGUGAAGUCUCAGAACACGUCGCCCAUUUACCACGGCACCAUUGUUGGGUUCCUGUUGUUCGGAACCUACGGUGAAGACGUGUUUGCCACGGGAGGUCAGGAGCCUGAAGCACUUUAUGGGAUUUCUAAGAUCCUGCCAAUCACCAAGAUUGUCAGAAAUGCGACCAAUGAAACCAUCCAGGCAGUCAUCGAGAAGGACCUUGACAAGCUCCCAGAGAAGCUGGCGGUAGAGUGGCCAAAGGGAAACUCCUUGUCACUAAAUGCCACUUAUCCUUCAGGGACCGUUUUCGGCCCCCUCAAAGUUGAAAUACUAAACAGGAAGGGAGACCAGCUGUCCAGGAUUCAAACAAAGGGCCCUGGGACACCGAUAAAAAUGAGUCUUAAACUAGUCCAUCAUGACCAUCUAACCAACUUGGGAAAGCACACCCUGACUCUGACCACCCAAGUAAAGGACUUCAAUCUCCAAAAGCCUCCAAGCUGGGCGCUGACAUUUACCGUCAAAGAGGGGGAGGCAGUCAGCUUCACAGUGGACGGGGUGAGACCCACAGUUCGCGUGGGCGUGCCCUUCCACAUUCCCCUGCAGAUGAAGGACCGCUUCGGCCACCCAGCGGCGCCGCCUCUCCGCCUCCAGCCUGAACUCAGAUGCAGUGACCUGGAUUUGAGUUAUAUGUCUGUGGACAGCAGUAAGAACACAUUCUCCAUCAAAGGCGUCAAGGCAAUAGGAAAAGUCCGCAGUGAUCAGCACUCCGAGGGUUAUGAACUGAGCGUGAAGCUACCUGGACUCCAAAAUGAUGAGCAGACUAUGAGGAUCAGCCUUCUUCCCGGUGACCCGCAUUCCCUUCAUGUGAAAUCAGAAGCUGCCCAACUGGAGGUUGAGAAUGGAAAUCCGGCCAUUUUUGAUGUGGAAAUUCACGACCAAGCUGGAAACAUCACCGCCAACCCCAAACAGUUGAGGGGCUCCCGCGGACCACCACGGACUGCAGCAGCACAGGAGCUGGCAGGCUAGUGACACAGCCCAUAAACCUGAAAAUAACCAACGGAGAGCCACGGACGCUAAAAGUUACAUUUGAAAUGCCUCACCUGAAGAAAGUGGCGCGGUGCUCGGCCGAGCUGAAAGUCUCGCCCAGCCGCCGGGUCUCAGUGAUGCGGCUGUACUGUGACGCCGGUGACGGUCAGCUGGCGCUGCAGAACAACGAAAGGCUGGAGCGGAGGGCUGGCGGGGCUCUGGGGAACCUGCGCUACCGGCUGUACGACGAGUCGGGCCGAGAGGCGGCGCUCACCGCCGAGACGGCCUCCGCCAUGAUGGUCAACUGGACCAGCGAUGUGGAUCGCGCAGGUCUGGUCCAGGGGAGGCUGCCCGACGUCCCGGUGCCCACUCAGGUGAUGGAGGAACGCUUCUGCCAGGUGUCCUACCAGCACCAAAACGUCUCCUUCACCUUCACUAUUGUGCCCUGUCCAGAUGACCCUAAACAGCUGAAGGCCACGCUGCCCCAGGGCACUGUGAAGCUCGGCGAGAUCCUGCCAGGACAUAUUGUUGUGGAGCUUGUGGACCAGUUUGACAACGUGACCCAAAAGUUCACCCCUGAUUGUGCGGAGCUCAUGACUCUGGAAGCUGAGGGUCUCCACAAAUCUGGUGUCACCUACACAUGGCAGAGCGCCUCUGUUUGGGUGGCAGGAGUGCGCUUCGACUCUGGGCCUCUGGGAGCCAGAGACCUGUGCUUCCACUGUGGCCGCUAUGAGGGGAGCUCCAGCCUUAGAGUGACCCCCGGAGUCCCUGCACAGCUUAGACUCAUCAGUGGGCCUGAGCAGCCUUUGCAGGUUUUGAAUGGCCGCGGUAUCCCCACACCAUUCCUAGUCCAGCUGUUUGAUGAUUGGGGAAAUCCCUCACCGGACCAGGAGGCUUUGGUAGAGAUCACGCCUUCCUCCCCAACGCUGCAGGUAACUACAAAUGUAAUUUCCCAACCUGCGGAUGCAGAAGGGAAGGCCUCUUUCAAGGUCAACUUUGUGAGUGGUCCAAAAGGGUACUAUCAGCUGGAGUUUAGGAGUUCCUUGAACAGCAUACCAAUCUCCAGUACGUCGGUCAACCUCACCGUCAUCGCUGACCCCACCAAACCCGUCGGUCUGUCCCUGGAAUACGACCCCAGUGCCCAGUUUCCCGCUGGAGGCAUCUUCCCAGCUUUCUCGUUGGUGGUGGUGUCUGACGAAGGAAGCCCGGUCACAACGUUCAGCCCGACCGCCGUAGCCAUGUUUGUGAAGAGGGAGGAGCCAUCGACACAGACAGUGACUGAGCUGAAGUGCAGUAAGCCGAUGGAAAACGACAAGCCGGACCGUUUUUACUUCAGAGACAAAAAAAUCCCAGAACGUAUUGGAAAGUACAUCGUAGACUUCUCAUUGAGCGUCGACCAAACCAACGUCCUGCGCAGCGAACAGAUCUGUGUAGAUGUCGUGGCCAAUCGGCCGGUCCAGCUGGCCCCCGACUCCCCGCCGGCCCCGCCCGUGGUCUCCCACAGUGGAGACGUCUCCGGACGAACCCUGGUCAAGAGCAUGACUCUGCAGAUUCAGGAUGCGUUUGGAAACCCGACGGGGCAGGACCUGAGCGGGACGGUUGUGGUCUGUAUAAAGCGCCCCGAUCCAGGCAGAGACAUCCCGCUGUUUGAGCGGAAGAUGGACCGCGUUUCCGUCAGCUUGGACAAAGGAAGAGCCCACAUCCUGGGCUUGGCUAUCAUGGAGAACAGCCCCGGUGAGAACGACAGCCAGUACGUCCUCCUCUUCCAACCUGAGGUUCCCAUGGUCUCCCUGUCUCCUUAUGAGCUGCCCUUCCAUUUUUACUAUGAUUCAGAGAACCUUGGAAAAGUGACUCGCCUGAACAAAAACAAAGAAGAGCUCAGGAACACAUUGGCACAAUAUGAAAAAUUGAUGAGUUCACAUGAGGCUCUUACUAAGCUGCUCACAUGUCAAGUCACAUCUACAAAUCAGAAAGAGGUUGCCCUGAGCAAAGAGCUAGUGAGAAGGAACAUGGGCAUUGUGGGACCUUUAUCUACUCCAGAUAUCGACAAGCUCCUCCAGGAGAAGAAAACUCAAGCUGAAAAUCUUCAAAAAGAGACUCGAGUGUCUUCCAUCCCGAAUAUCUUCAGUGGACCUGACGUCCUGGGGAAGGUCGCCCACCUGGCCGUUGUCGAGGACGACGAGGCUGCGCGGGUCGUCUCCUGGCACCUCAGAGGCGACAUGGACUGCGUCGUCACGACGACCACGGAAGCGGCGCAUAGAAUCCACCGAGAUACCCGGGGAAAUCAACAAGUCCUGCCCCUGGACGGCGUCUUGGAGGCAGACGACAGACCGCUGCCACACCUCAGGAACAGCUUCAGUCUCUUCGACCCCCCUGGGAACCCGGUCCAUGCCAGAAAGCUGUUGAUUUACCCCAAUGAACAGGAGAAAUGCAACAAGUUGUUUAAAAACCUGCUCGGAGAAACGAUUCUGAUGGACGACCUGGAUUCGGCGACCCGCUACAGAAGGAUGCUGGUGGAGAGAGGGAUCCGCUGUCCCACCAUACUGACCAGACACGGAGACAUGGUCAGCGCCAAAGGGAAGUUUGGAGGCCGUCAGAACAGAGCCCCGCCCCCCGACGGCCGGGCGUUCGGAGCCCCUCUGCCUCAACCGUUCCACACCCUGAAGAAGGACAUGGAGCUGCUCGCUCAGUACCGUGAGGCCAUAACAAAGGCGAGGAUGGCAGAAAAGGACCUAGAUGAUCAUGCACAGAAAGGCCAAGCUCCUGAAAUGCAGCGAAAGCGAGAAAAACAGGAAGAGUUAAAGAAGCAGCUGGAUGAAAUUGACAGAGAACUUGCCUUCUUAUCAAUGAGAUCUGGGAAACGGGUUCCCGAGAGUGCUGGUGAGCCGUCAGGAAUUAGUCCAAAGAAACCAAGACGCACAUAAGAGAGAAUCUCUUCCAAUGCUUUGGACACCAGCUCCUUAUUAUGUGUUCCUUUUUAUAUUGGGGUAUUUUCAUGUAGUUAUUAUGGUUCAUUCUGUGCUCAAUCAUUCUAUAAAAUCAGAACAAGCAAUAACAUUUCCCUU